AAGUUAUCUUCACUUCCUCUUGAUAAAUAUAUUUUAGAAUUCCAAUUUAAAUUAUAUCGAAAUACAGUCAUCAAAUAUGUUAAUGUAACAAAACCACAAAAUACAGCGAAAAAUACAAGAUUAUGGUAUAGUCAAUUUGAAGAAUUUGUUAAUGGUACACAACCUGUUAUUGACAUUAUUUGA